CAUUGUCGUUUCGUUGUUGACAAGAAACUCAAAAGCAGCUCUCCGCAAUUUUAUUCCUGACUUGCUCUUGAAUAGCUGCAGUAAUUGACGCCGGUCUUGCUCCUCCACCGCUAAUUUCUCUUAUCCGUUGCAUACAAACCCUAAUUUUUUUUUCGUUUUCAUCGGUCUAAUUUUUCACACAGUAGCCAUCGUCGAUCUCGUCACUUGGCCAACAAUCAUCCCCAAUAUUUGGAGGCCCCACGUCAUGGAAUCCGUAUGAGAUCAAGGUCAUUGCUAAAUAGGAUCUGCUUUCCAUUUUCCUUGUGGUGGGUAAAUUUAACUCCUUUAUUUGUUUGAUUGUUUCAAUAUGCUAUUGAAAAUGAGCCACGAAAUGGAGAAACGAAAAUUCAUCUUCUUAUUGUUUGAUUUUGCAUAUUGAAUCUGCUUUAGAUACAACACAGCAUUUGUUACUGGUGGCAGACGCAAUCCUACCUGAACCAAAAAAAAAAAAAAAAAAAAAAGCUUGAGCGCAUGCACAGCUCUAGUACUCCACCUUGCUUUUAUGUUCUGGGGCUGGAGCUGACUAACAGCACAAACUAUUUGUUUGUGGGUAUGGAGUUACAAAUACUAUGUUGUGAUAAAACUAUGCUAUUACUUUAGAAAACUUUUUAAAUGAAAAAUGGAGAAAGAGAUGAAUGAGAGGGAGGACAGUUAGGAAUUACAGUUAAUUCUGGGAUUCCAAAGUUCUUAGCUUUGGAGUAGUCUUCCCACACCACCAUAUCAAUACAUUUGGAGCUUUAAGAUCUUUUCAUUGUGCUCAAGUUUGCUUUGUGGGACAAUUUAUCGUCUCCAUCAGGGGUUUACAACAAUACAAACAGCUGUAGCAAACUGGUGCACCUUUUGAUUUUCAAUUUCCAUGUUAGUCUGGCAUACUAUCUUGUAAGGCGCCUACUGCCAAAGCUGUUAUGCAGAAACCAUGGGAGAUGGCAACACCACUACCAACAAUAGAGGCAUCACAACUAACUCCAACAAUGAGAAGCCAGAAUGGCUGCAACAGUACAACCUUAUUGGCAAGAUUGGUGAAGGCACUUAUGGUCUCGUGUUCCUGGCAAAAACUAAAUCUCCUGCAAAUCGUGGAAAAUCAAUUGCCAUUAAGAAAUUCAAGCAGUCCAAGGAUGGAGAUGGCGUCUCCCCUACUGCCAUACGUGAAAUCAUGUUGCUUAGGGAGAUUACACAUGAAAAUGUUGUGAAGCUUGUGAAUGUGCACAUUAAUCAUGCUGAUAUGUCGCUGUAUCUGGCUUUUGAUUAUGCUGAACAUGAUCUUUAUGAAAUCAUUAGGCAUCACAGAGAUAAGGGUCCCCAUGGUAUCAAUCAGUACACGGUGAAAUCAUUGCUGUGGCAGCUGCUUAAUGGACUGAACUAUCUUCACAGUAAUUGGAUCAUACAUCGAGAUCUAAAGCCAUCAAAUAUCCUGGUUAUGGGUGAGGGAGACGAACAUGGGGUUGUCAAAAUUGCUGAUUUUGGACUUGCAAGAAUAUAUCAAGCGCCGUUGAAGCCAUUAUCUGAUAAUGGUGUAGUGGUAACCAUUUGGUAUCGUGCACCUGAGUUACUUCUUGGAGCAAAGCACUACACAAGUGCUGUUGAUAUGUGGGCUGUGGGAUGCAUUUUUGCUGAACUCUUGACUUUGAAGCCACUUUUUCAAGGGGCAGAAGCCAAAUCCACACCAAAUCCCUUCCAACUUGAUCAGCUGGACAAGAUAUUUAAGAUACUAGGCCAUCCUACACUUGAGAAGUGGCCAACACUUGCAAAUCUUCCACAUUGGCAAUCAGAUCAGCAACAUAUCCAAGGGCAUAAGUAUGAGAAUACAGGACUGCAUAACGUUGUGCAUCUCUCGCAAAAAAGUGCUCCAUAUGAUCUCCUGUCUAAGAUGCUUGAAUAUGAUCCUCGAAAGCGGAUAACUGCUGCACAAGCUCUAGAGCAUGAGUAUUUUCGGAUAGAACCUCUACCAGGGCGCAAUGCUUUGGUGCCCUCUCAACCUGGAGAAAAGGCAAUUAACUAUCCCACCCGUCCAGUAGACACAAAUACAGACUUUGAAGGAACAACUAGUCUUCAGCCUCCACAACCAGUAUCUUCUGGAAAUGCAGUUUCUGGAGGCAUGCCAGGUGCUCAUGGAGUGGCUAACAGAUCUGCUCCUCGACCGAUGCCAAUGGGCAUGCAGAGAAUGCAACCUUCAGCCAUGGCUGCUUACAAUAUUGCAUCUCAGGCUGGGAUGGGAGGUGGAAUGAAUCCAGCUGGCUUGCUGAUGCCACGGGGUGUAGCUGCACAGUCUCAUCAGCAGCAACAUUUGCGGAGGAAAGAACCACCCGUAAUGGGUAGUGGAUACCCUCCACAGCAAAAAUCCAGGCGCCAAUAAGCAAAUGACACAUUGAUUGGGAGCUAUCGUCAAACUUAUGUUGGAACACAAUCCUCUCCCUGUAGAAGGUUUCUAUUAAGGGCAUCCAAGGCCAAGUCCAAAUCAUGAAGGUUUUUCAAUCAUGCCAUGUAUGUGACAUUUGGUCAUCUGCUGUAUUGUAGACCUUUAUCUAACUUGGCAGCCUUAUCUGUGCUUGAGGAGGUAGCUUAGUUGAUGCCUAUCAGGAGGAAUUUUAGAGCUACAUAUCCAAAUUGACCAGUUCCUUGAUAUCGGUGGACUAAAGGGAAUGCCAUUUCUUGCCCUUUAAGGGAUGUUUAUCAGUGUAUGAACUUAAUAUGAGACAAAAGCUUCUCAUCGUUGCUCUUGAAGCAGAAUAUACGCAUUCAUUUUAGUUCAAUAAGGUUGAAUUUCAAUAA